AUGGGCUCGACAGUUGUCAAUCUGAGGUCCAAGGCACUUCGCGGCCUCGGCAACAUUGUGGUCGCCGAUCCUGAUGUGCUGAGGUUAGACAUCGUGAAGACUGGUAUCGAAGACCGACUCUCGGACUCAUCCCCCGCCGUGCGUGACGCUGCCGUCGACCUCAUCGGCAAGUACAUCGUCCAGCGCUCAGAGCUUGCCGAUCAGUACUUCGACCACAUUUCGAUGCGUGUCACCGACGCUGGUCUUGGCGUGCGCAAGCGCGUCGUCAAGCUUCUCCGUGACAUGUUCAACGUGACGAACAAUGAUGAGGUCAAGACCAACAUCUGCUGCAAGCUCAUCGAGGCGACGAACGACGAGGACGACGGUGUCAAAGACCUGGCCGUCAAGUCACUCACCGAGAUUCUCUGCCCCCCUUCCAACUUUGAUCCCGCUCAGGCAGCGGCUCUUCUUGUCGACGUAAUUAAGGAUUACCGAGGCAAGGAUGAGUCGCUCAAGGCGGCUUUGGAGGCUGUCGGCGCCAACGGACAGACACAGCGCUACGCUGAGAUCAUCGAUUCGCUCAUUAGCCGCAUGGUUGACGCGACGGAGCAGUCUGAGUUCAACGCGACGAGUCAUAUCAAGGCUAUCGCGCUUCUCAGCUUUGAUGACCCUGCUCUCAUCGACAACCAGAAGGCUACGGUGCUGCUCACGUACCUGCGCACCGCCACGAACGCGGACGAGGCGAGGACGAACGAGCUGCUGCUCGAGAUCUUCACCCGCUCGAUCCCGUUCAUGCCCAAGGCGUCUUCCUCUUUCGCCCAGGAGCUGUCGAAGAUUGUCCGUGGUUUCGUCGGCAAGCCGCCUAACAUCGACGCGCUCAAGAACAUCGUGGCCUGCUACUGUGCGGUGACGAAGCAUCUCACCCAGGAGUGGGCCGCGCUAUUCAUGGUCCUGCGGUCCUGUCUGAUCCAGAUCAGGGCCAAGGGUUUGGCGAACGCUUCCUCUCCCGCCAUCGCAAUGGUGUACUUCAUCACUGCGCUGAUCACGGAGUUUGCCAAGCCAGAGGAGCUUGCUGCUGAGAACAGUCAGGUUGAGGACAUCAUCAGAGGUAUCACAGAUGAGCCUCUGCAAGAGUACCUGCUGGACAACUACAUCGCCUUCUCUGGUGCUGCCUCAUCGCAGAAGGUGCCCUCGCUCUGCCUCGCGGCGUUGUUCAGGGCGUACCCUCCCCUCAUCCUGCAGGAAAAGUCGGCUGUGUGGAUGCAGCGCGUCUUCUCCUCGGACGACAUGGAGAACAAGGGCAAACCCAAGAAGCAGGGGGUGGACGACCUCAUUGGCAGCGCCGCCGACCUGCAUGAGUCGGGCGUUUCGACCGCCCUCGUCCAGCGCAACAUUGACUACGUUAUUGCUGGCGCCAAGUCGAACCACGCCAAGCUGCAAAGUGCUGCCAUGGAGGUGUUCGAGUUUACUAUCAACCAGGGUCUCUACCAUCCUCUUCACGCCGGCGCGGACCGGCACAUUGCCGAGCAGGCGCUCAACCUCCACUCCACGCUGCACACCAAGCACCCCAGUCUCCUCAACGUGCGCUACCUCGAGUUCGCUCGUUCGUCCUACGAUUACUUGCGCACGAUCACGGCCGAGCCCGUUGGUCACUACAACGGUACCCCUGGUUUGGGAGGCUGGUACGAUCUGCUGAGCGAGAAGCGCGCCUGGAGGCUAGAGUUCCUGCGUGCCCUCGUGAAGGCAUUCGACUUUGAGCUGAUGGGCAAUGAGAAGAUCGAACCCGGAUUCGUACUCUACAUCGCAGAGAACUUGUCCACCUUCAACUACCAGCUGCAAGAAGAGGUCAUGUCCGUCGUGCAGCACCUCAGCCAUGUCGUCUCGGAGGGUACCGCGGUCGCAAACGCUAUCGAGCUCGGCAAGGUCAUGGGUAUGGAGGACGAGUCAUUGGCAGAUAAGGUGGCCGUUGUCUCAGAGUUCAACGCCCAGCGCUUGGCGAAUGCGAGCAUCGUCGUCGGGAUUGCGCUUCUCCUCAAAAACCUUCUCCUGGACGGGUACGGAUUGACCGAAGACAAAUGCCUGAAGUUUGUUCCAGGCAAGAAGUCGGCGCUGGGCGAUCGCGCAGCGACCAACAGAUACACCAAAGCACCGCCCCUUGACCACUCGCGGAUCCCGCUCGUGCAUGGGGUUGAGACCGUUCGCGACUUCUGGUCGCAGCAGGCGACGUUCCUGCACAUGAUGAGAGAGGACGGCAUGCUAGGCCAGAUGCCCCCUUUGUAA